AUGGCUGCAACAAAUUUCAAAAUUCAAGAACAAAUUACAGGCGAAUUGAGGAUAUAUAAAUCAAUUGAUUCAGAUACUAACCAAGAUGAUGUAGUCAACUAUCCGCCUGGAUUUUUAAACUUGCUGGAUUUACUAGAAUUGCCACUUCACAAUGUUCAAUUAGAGGUUGGAUCGGUAGUCAUAAUGUUGAAAAAUAUCAACCAACCGCGUCUUUGCAACGGCACAACGGUUAGCGAUAAAAAAAAAUUAUUGAACAACGUAAUAGGAGCAACUAUACUGAAAGGAAAGUAUAAGGGAGAAGACGUUUUGAUACCAUGCAUCCCAAUGAUUCCGACUGAUAUACCAUUUGAAUUUAAACGACUACAGUUUCCAGUGCGGCUUGAUUUUGCUAUGACCAUAAAUAGGUCACAGGUGCAAUCAUUAGGUGUUUGUGGUAUUAAUCUAGAAAACCCAUGUUUCUCAGAUGGUUAA